CUUCAAAGGCAAGACGCUGGGGGAUGGAACUCUUGGGAAUAGCUAAUUGAGCCUGACAAGGACAAGCUUCGGCCAUUUCCUUAACCAUUCAGGUGGUCGCUGCUUCCAGUCGCCUCCAGGGUCCUAAGAGGGGCUGUGGGGGUUGGCGGGGCUGGAUGGGUCAGAGCGUGGACUUCCAAGAGCCCUCAGGUGGAGCAAGAGGAACUUCUUUAUCACCAAGAAACUCACAUCAACAACCUGAGUAGUACAGGCAGUGAGUGAGGUCAGAGAGAGGGCUGAAUUUCACUUCCUUCUGUGAGGCACAGUGCAGCAAUCUCAGGUCAGCAUGGGCAGGAGAGGGAGGCAGGGGGCUGAGGAGGAUUGGAGACUAGAGAACAGAUUGAGCUGGGGGAGGCUGGACACUUUGCAGAGGCUGGACCUAUCCCAAGGCCAACUUGUGGGUAGAUGGCUCUGCUGUGUUCCAGGCGUGCUGAGGAGGUGGCUACUGUGACUAACUCGGGUCUUUAUCCCUUCUCCCAGGACACACUCUCACUACACUGCAGAGUUGUUUGUUGUGUUGUGCAAGUAGGGGGUGGAGACCAGCGUGUAUGGCAGUAGGGCGGGGCUUAGCAGGUUUGGAGGGAACCUAGUGGCCCAGGAUUGCUGCUUUUGUUUUUGCUGCUGAGCUUGGAGGUUAGCUCAGAAUGAGAUGAGAGCUUGCAGAAUACUCCUUCAGGGGAGAUGGAGCCACCUCAGUGUGUGGAGGAGCUGGAGGAUGAUGUGUUCCAACCCGAGGAUGGGGAGCCGGGGACCCAGCCCAGGAGCCUGCUCUCUUCUGAUCUCUUUGCCCAGAGCCAGCUGGACUGUCCCCUUGGUCGGCUGCACCUCUUCCCUCUCACCCACUGCUGUGGCCCUGGGCUCAGACCCACCAGCCAGGAAGACAAGGCCACUCAGACCCUCAGCCCAUCCUCUCCAAGCCAGGGUGUCAUGCUGCCUUGUGGGGUGACUGAGGAACCCCAGCGACUCUUUUAUGGCAAUGCUGGCUACCGGCUUCCUCUCCCUGCUAGUUUCCCUGCAGGCUUGCCUCUUGGGGAGCAGCCCCCCGAAGGUCAGUGGCAACAUCGAGCAGAGGUGCAGAUCGCCCGGAAGCUUCAGUGCAUUGCAGACCAGUUCCACCGGCUUCACAUGCAGCAACACCAACAGAACCGGAAUCGCGCGUGGUGGCAGGUCCUGCUCUUCCUGCACAAUCUCGGUCUGAACGGAGAAGAAAACAGGGAAGGGGCAGGUCCUAGGUGAGGCUGGGCCGCCCUCUUCGCAUGGACCAUCAGGAAUGCACGCAAUCUGGGACAGAAGGACUUCGGGGAGGAUGGACACUGUCUUGUGAAGUCGUUUUUGUUGUUAUUUGUGACAGUUCUCUGUGUGUACAUACAGCAUACCCCUGAGGGGACCUUCUUCCCGCCAUUCGGGGGUGCGACCAGAGAUGGGGGCCUUUGUCAAACACUGUUGAAGGAGAGGCUGACAUGACUGUCUGUGAGGGUGGAAACUCCCCAGGGCCCUGGCAAGUCACUUCUUCAGUCAGCCAGCUUGGAAGAUGACCAGUUCCUCAUGUUGUCCAGGAAGUGGACUAGUGUUUUUCUGUAGGAAUUCUGUCAAGAAAUAGGAGCCUGAAUUAGACCCGCCAGUUCCACUGGACCUAUCAGUCUUCCCCAUGCACUGGGGCUAUGGCCCCUUAGGUCUCCUGUUUUAACCUGCUGGGGUCUUGGCCUGGGGCUCCCCAGCUAAGGCUGGCAGGGUUGCCAGACCCGCCAGCCAGUUCGUUCUGAAUCUGGGUUCUCAUGUGGCCCAGCCAGUGCCCGCCCCAAGGGCUCAGGGAUUCUUGCCCAGACCCUGUCACCUCCAGCAGACCUCAGGGAGGGUUGGGUUUCUCCAGGGACCCCUCAAAAGUGCCGCUCGUGAAUCAACCUUUUGGAUGGGCCUCACAUCCGAUCUGGUCCUGUGCGGAGGCCCCAGGAUUGGUCCUUAGCUGCAGAAACAUUGCCACUUCUGCUGCCUGGCUGUCAGCCACAGAUGAGUCAAAGCCAGUCACCGUGCUGCACCCAGCAGCUUGUGCCUUUGUCAGCUCCGUUUCCAAAAAUCCCAGCCACCUGGACUGUGUUCUACCCCGAGUCACGCUGAGGGACAUAAAGGGGCGGGCUCGCCCCAGGGCUGGGAGAUGUGAUGGCCAGCUCCCUGAUGCAAGUCUGGCCCCACAGGACCCCAGACCCUGGUCUCCUUGGAAAAUAGACCUCCUCCCCGCUGAGCCCGCAUGCCUUUUUUCACACCUCCUGGGAUACAGCAAGAAGCAAGGACAGUGGCUUUGUCAGUGGAAAAGUGACUUUUAGAGUAAUAGACGAUGGUCAGCUCAUGAGACUGUCAAAACUAGGCACACAUUUCCUGUGUUCCUCUGGCUUCCAGCUAGGCUGGCAGGGCAUGUUCUGGAGCUCAGCAAGGUCCCAGCUGCCUCUGAACUUCACCCUUCUCUUUC